UUUUUUUUUAUAUAUAUACUUCUUCCUUUGUUUGUUCACUACGUCUUUUUUAGUUCUCCUUUUAUUUCUUCUAUUUCUUCUAUAUCCUCUGCGUUAUCAUUGUAUUGUAUAUGCUUCUAUAUAUUAUUUUGCUUCAAGUAGGUAACUAUGGAGUUGCCCUGUAGAGACUUAUAAGUUUACUUAUCUUGGUACCUAGUAGGUACACCUGUCCCUCGCGCGGGGCAGUGUAACUGUCCCAGCCUUAGCCUAGCUUUUGGUUGAUAAGCGAAUUGCAGCGCUUGGGAGUUUUUAAUCUUGAUUCGAAUCUGGCUGGAUAUCUGCUGGCCUAGCCGCAUUUCAUCGACUGCCUUCUCCAUAAUAAGAGGGUAGGUGGUAAGUUGAAUGCCCUAAGGCGUCAAAUGCGCAAAUACGCCUUCGCAAAUGGAGAUCCCAACGUACCGACGAGCCCCUAAUUUUUCAAUUCCACCAAACGGUCCGCUGAAACUAGGCACAAUAGUUGAAGACCUCAAGGAACUCCUACCUCUCAACCAAUCCAAGCAGGUAGACAUCCCGGCGGGUAACACCUACUACACGAAAGACAAGGGUUUUUCUAUAACAUUCGAGAAGAUACGCGAGCACGAGCUCGGAGCCGUAGCGCGAAUUUUCGGACUGGAAAGUCUGGGCGAAAUCGGUACCAAAUAUCAAAGAAACGCCGAAACUGCUGUUUAUAUCCGCGAGCUCGAGACGUCGCAUUUUUACCCGUCUGUGGAAUAUAUCGGCGCUUCUCUUGCCCUAGGCGAUGUAAAAACGUACAUGGAAGUGACGAAGAAGAGAUACCCCGUGUACAUGAUCACAGGACUGAAAAUCGCACACGGCGCUUCUUGGUCCCUAUCAAGGGAUAGCAGCGUGGGGGCUACCCUAGAGGUCACUGUCCCAGAACCUACCACGGUCGUCGCUGCUGGCCCUAAGCUCUCGUCUACUGUUUCGUCGAAAAAGACCACUUCGGUGGAGGAAGCCGACUCGUUCGUCCUGGCCUACCGCGCGACUAAGAUCUGGUAUAAGUGGUAUAAUAAAAGUGAGACCAAAUCACGAUCAUAUUUGGCUGGAGCGACCAUGGCGGGUGACGGCGUCCCUAUGGCUCGGCAAGAUGGAGAGUAUCAGAUAGCUCGAGACGUUGGGAUAGAAACAGAGGAUACAGAAAAUGCGAAAACUGCGGCAAAUAUAGAAGGUAACACAAAAGAUGCAGCAAGGAGGGGGAAUGCGAAAUAUGGCGAGGAUGUGGUGUUAGUUAAAAAAUGCGUAGCUGGCAUUGAGCCAUCGAAAUGGAUCAUACCGCGCUAUAAGGAAUCUGCACCUUGAAGCUUCAAAAGAUGUCAGUAAAUAGUCAUGGUAGAAUAGUAAACAGGAAGAUAGGGGCUUACAUAUCAGACUUCAUAUUAACAGAAAUCAAAGACACUCUUACUGGAUUGAAA